UCCACCUUUAGGGUAUAUGUGUUCUGUGCUGGACACGAAAAUGUCAAAAAGUUUUCAAGUAAUUCCGUUCCGAUAUCAUAGGAUGCGAUGAUAGGGUGAAAUACGAAUAGUACAUCAAUAUGUAUGUGAGGAUCAUAUUUAUGUACUUAUCCUACAGCUGAAGAAAGUAGACAUUGACAUGAAGAAAAUAAUAUUUUAACAGAUUUUUCAUGGGUCUGUAUCUGUAGUCUGUAGUAGAAAAUGGCAUUGAAAGGUGUAAAAGUUAUCGAAAUGAUGGGACUUGCCCCUGGUCCGCUAUGUGGUAGUUUAUUGGCGGACUUUGGAGCGAACGUAACUGUGGUGCAAAAGAUCAGUCCAACUCCAUUUGAUGUAAUGUCUAACGGAAAGAGAAUGUUAUCGGUGAAUCUAAAAACCCAGGAAGGAGUCAAUGUAAUAAAAAAGCUGUGCUCGACAUCCGAUGUACUUUUGGACACAUUUCGACCUGGCGUUAUGGAAAAGCUGGGAUUAGGUCCUGAAACUCUUAUGAAAGAAAAUCCUAAACUCGUCUACGCCCGGUUAACAGGAUACGGUCAAAAUGGAUUCUACAAAAAUAAAGCUGGUCAUGAUAUCAAUUAUGUUGCCAUGUCUGGUAUACUUUCAUUACUUUGCAGAAAUAAACAACCCCCAACACCACCUCUAAAUCUUCUAAGUGACUUUGCGGGAGGUGGUGUACUUUGUGCUCUAGGUAUAGUAUUAGCUUUGUUUGAACGAACGAAAUCGAACAGAGGGCAGAUUAUAGACACUAGUAUGACAGAAGGAGCAGCAUAUGUUGGUAAGUGGCUAUUUAAAUCAAGAGAUUUGCCAAUUUGGUCGGGAGAACCAGGUACGAAUGUUCUUGAUGGGGGAUUUGCAUGCUACCAGACAUACAAAACUAAAGAUGGAAAGUUUAUGGCAGUAGGAGCCCUCGAACCACAAUUCUAUUCAGAGUUAUUGAAAGGGUUACAAUUGUCUGAAGAAGAAUAUAUUCAAGGCGACAAUAACGAAUACUGUAAGGGAAAAUUCCAAGAAGUAUUUCUGACGAAGACCCAAGAAGAAUGGUGUAAAAUAUUUGAACAAUUUGAUGCAUGUGUCACUCCGGUAAUAGAUAUAGAAGAAGUAGAUAAACAUAAAUUCCGGGCAUCUGAUACAUCUUUUCAUCGCGAUGAAAAUGAUAAGAUUGUACCGGAACCAGUUCCCAAAUUAUCACGUACUCCAGGGAUAUCUAGUGGUUGUAAGCCUUUACCAGUGCCUGGACAACAUACUAUUGACAUAUUAUAUGAGUUAGGAUAUACUAAGGUCGAAAUCGAAAAACUUAUCGAAAAUAACCAUGUUUAUGCAAUUAGAAAACCGAAUUUAUAACACGUGGAUUUUGGUAUUACACAGUAUCCUCAGUACUACUACUACUACGAGAAAAUUACCUUCAGCUCUUUUCUGACUUGUUUAAAUUCGUCUUCCUUUGAAGACAAUAUGUUAUUCUCUAAAAAUAUUGGAUGUUGAUAAAUUAAGUUC